AGCUACCCAUCUUGUUCAAGAACCAAAAAACACAAAAAGAGAGAGAUAUAUCUUGCUAACGAAGAAAAUGGACAGUGUAGAGAUGGAUAAGGAGAGGAUAACGGCGGAAAUGGCUUUCAAAGACUCGUCCUCCGCCGUUAUCAAAAUCCGGCGACGCCUGCCGAAUUUCUUACAGUCUGUGAAGCUCAAGUACGUCAAAUUAGGCUAUGGGUACUCAUGUAACCCUGCCACGAUACUAAUGUUUCUUGUAAUUUCACCUCUCGCCCUAUCCCUUGUGCUUCAGCUUGCCGGUCUAAAACUGGACCGGUUUUCCGAGUUAUGGACAAACCGGGCAGCUUGGUUCGAUAACCUCAACGCUGCCACACGAACAGCUGCUUCCGCUUCGCUGCUCAUUCUUUUCGCCCUCUACUGGGCCAAGCGGUCCAGACCGGUUUAUCUCGUAGACUUUUCGUGUUACAAACCGGACGACGAACGAAAGGUGACCGGGGACUAUUUCUUGAAGAUAACUGAAGAUAGCGGCGCAUUCGAGGAGGACAGCAUCCGGUUUCAGAGACGAAUAGCGUCCCGUUCCGGCCUUGGCGAAGAGACGUAUUUACCGAAAGGAAUUACGUCCAGACCGCCCAACUUCAGCAUGGAAGAGGCCCGGUCUGAGGCCGAGGCCGUCAUGUUCGGUGCAUUGGAUGCGCUUUUUGAGAAAACCGGCGUUCGACCAAAAGACAUCGGAAUCGUUAUUGUGAACUGUAGCUUAUUCAAUCCAACCCCAUCUCUCUCCGCUAUGAUUGUCAACCACUACAAGCUUCGAACCGACAUUAAGACCUUCAACCUUGGGGGCAUGGGUUGCAGCGCCGGGGUUAUAUCCAUCGACCUGGCAAAGGAUCUCCUUAAUGCAAACCCUAACUCGUACGCCAUCGUCGUCAGCACCGAAAACAUUACUCUCAAUUGGUACUUCGGCAAUGACCGCUCCAUGUUAUUAUGCAACUGCAUAUUCCGCAUGGGCGGUGCGGCGGUGCUCUUGUCGAACCGGGCACGGGACCGGGGCCGGUCCAAGUACGAGCUGGUCCACACCGUCCGAACCCACAAAGGCGCGGACAACCAAAAUUACAACUGUGUCUAUCAGAGAGAGGAUGACAAAGGAACUGUCGGGGUUUCGCUCGCUCGAGAACUCAUGGCGGUGGCCGGAGACGCAUUGAAAACGAAUAUCACGACUCUGGGCCCUUUGGUUCUGCCGUUUUCUGAGCAAUUCAUGUUCUUUGUGACGUUGGUGAGGAAGAAGAUCCUGAAAGCGAAGGUGAAGCCGUAUAUACCGAACUUCAAGCUGGCAUUCGAGCACUUCUGUAUACACGCAGGCGGGAGGGCGGUGUUGGACGAGCUACAGAAGAACUUGCAGCUCAGCGAGUGGCACAUGGAGCCGUCCAGGAUGACGCUGCACCGGUUCGGGAACACGUCGAGCAGCUCGUUGUGGUACGAGCUGGCGUACACAGAGGCCAAGGGCCGAGUCUGCGGGGGCGACCGUGUCUGGCAGAUUGCGUUCGGGUCGGGCUUCAAGUGUAACAGCGCGGUUUGGAGGGCUCUCAGGCCCAUUCCUGUGGUUGAUUGCCGAGGAAACCCCUGGGUCGACUCAGUCGCUAGGUACCCGGUUGAGGUUCCUGCUGGGAAGGAUGGCCACGCGGCGUAGUCUAAGUGGAGGAGAGAGUCCACGUGGGGUUAUCUCGCUGCUGUAGUGUUUGUUUGUGUUUGUGUUUUUUUUUUUUUUGGGGGGGGGGG